UGAGAACUGAAUUCCUACAGUAAACUGCAUUCCCGGCUCACUAUUUCACAUCUCAAUAGUAAUAUCACCUGUUUUGACAACUUUCCACAACUUCUUCACAGACUAUAUAAAAGACUGAAUUUUGAAAAAUUUAUCAUUUGUGAUACAACAUAAAUCUCUGAUUCACUCAAAUCCUUAUAUUCUUAACAAAACCCAAUUUAUAAGUAUAACCAAAAUGCCGAUCGAUCUGUACUUCACUACUCUAAGCCCUCCGAGUCGGGCGGUGUUGAUGACACUCAGACAACUCAAUCUGGACGUCAAUGUGAUUAACAUUGAUAUUCAAAAAGAAGAGAAUAAGACACCAGAAUUCCUGAAGUUGAACCCACAACACGCCGUUCCCACUCUAGUGGACGAUGGCUUUCCUUUGGGUGAGAGCCGAGCCAUUAUGCAGUACUUGGUAUCCAAAUACGCGCCAAACAGUGGUCUCUACCCAACCCAUGACCUGAAGAAGAGGGCACAUGUGGACCGACUCCUGUACUACGAUAUGAGUAUCUUUUACGCCAUUCGGGACACUAUUUUGAUCAAAAUAUUCCGUGGAGUGGAACCGCAUGAGAACGCCGUCAAGAACUUCAAAAACAACUUCAAUGUCUUGAAUGACUUCAUUGGAAACAAUAAAUAUGUUGCGGGAAAUGAGUUGACAAUCGCCGACAUCUCUUUCUUGGCCUCCCUUACAGUCCUAGCCAUCAAUGACUACAAAGAUUUGGAUGAAUUCCCAAAUGUGAAGAAUUGGUUCUUCAGAGUGCAGAAGGAAUUGCCGUAUUUUGAUGACGUGAAUGGAAAAGUACCCGAACUCUGGAAACAAAUGAUCGCAUCCAAGAAGUAAUUCAUAAUAAUUGAGUUCUUGUUUCUUCGUAAUGUGUUUUAUUUGAUUGCAUUACUUAUCGCAGUAUUCUAUUGCUAUUAAUAUUAUAAUACAAAUAAAUGAACAACAUUUCUUUCACAGUAUUUAUAAAAUUAUUAAUACAAUCAAUAUAUUUUUGUUUUUUCAUUCAACG